AUGUCAUUAAUUUAUCAGACUCAAACUUAUCUAUUUGAUAAGGCGAAGGCACUCCAAGAAAGAAUUGCAUCCCGAUCAACAGAUGGUAGCUCUGCGAAAAUGGAUAAUGCAAGUGUAAUGCACAAUCGUCGACUGAUUUCAAAGGAAGAUUUACCUUGUGCUACUUGCAAAGCUACUGCAUCCGGCAAAAAAUAUGGACAAAACCAAUUCCAGCGAAAACCAAGAGCAANNNNCAAUUCCAGCGAAAACCAAGAGCAAGAAGAACAAGUAGUAAAUCCAUGGGAAGUUUCAGCGAAAGGCAAAAUCGACUACGACAAGCUCAUUGAAAAGUUUGGUUGCCAGCGCCUUGACCAGUCGAUAAUCGAUCGCGUUGCCCGCCUCACUGGCCGCCCGCCUCAUGUCUUCCUCAGCCGCGGUGUGUUCUUCGCACACCGGGAUUUCAAUGAGAUUCUGGAUGCCUAUGAAAAAGGGGAGAAGUUUUAUUUGUACACUGGACGUGGGCCUUCAUCGGAGGCCUUGCAUUUGGGCCAUCUCGUUCCUUUCAUGUUUACCAAGUACUUGCAGGAUGCCUUUAAGGUGCCACUUGUGAUACAGCUAACUGAUGAUGAGAAGUGCAUGUGGAAGAAUUUAACAGUGGAGGAGAGCCAGAGAUUGGCACGUGAAAAUGCUAAAGAUAUAAUUGCUUGUGGGUUUGACGUUUCGAAGACAUUUAUAUUCUCGGAUUUUGAUUAUGUUGGUGGUUCCUUCUACAAGAACAUGGUCAAGAUUGCAAAAUGUGUCACAUAUAAUAAGGUAGUUGGUAUUUUUGGUUUCACUGGCGAAGAUCACAUUGGAAAAGUUAGCUUUCCACCUGUUCAGGCUGCUCCAUCCUUUCCGAGUUCAUUUCCACAUCUCUUCACCGGUAAACAUAAUCUUCGAUGCUUGAUUCCCUGUGCAAUUGACCAGGAUCCUUACUUCCGAAUGACGCGAGAUGUGGCUCCUCGGUUAGGUUAUCACAAGCCUGCUUUGAUAGAAUCAUUAUUCUUCCCUGCACUUCAGGGGGAGACAGGAAAAAUGUCUGCCAGUGAUCCAAAUUCUGCCAUCUAUGUGACUGAUUCUGGGAAGGAUAUUAAAAACAAGAUAAACAAAUAUGCUUUCUCUGGCGGGCAAGAUUCUGUUGAAAAUCAUCGAAAGUAUGGAGCAAACCUUGAGGUGGACAUACCAAUUAAAUAUCUCGGUUUUUUCUUGGAGGAUGAUGUCGAACUCGAUCACAUUAGGACGGAAUAUGGAGCUGGUCGUAUGCUAACAGGCGAAGUUAAGAAACGGCUUACGGAAAUUCUAACAGAAAUGGUUGAAAGACAUCGCAGGGCCAGAGCUGCUGUGACAGACGAGAUGGUAGACGCAUUCAUGGCAGUGCGGCCGCUUCCCAACAUGUUCAACUAA